AUGGUCGUCGUUGCCGUUGCCGGCGGCACAGGCGGCGUCGGGCGCACCGUGCUGGAUGCCAUUGCAAAAUCAGGCCAACACCAAGCCAUUGUGCUUUCAAGAACAACUUCAAUUUCUACCGCAGUCGACGAACCGGAACGUUUUGCGGUAGAUUACAACAGUGUGGAGCAGAUGAAACAGAUUCUGCAAGAGAAUAAUGUUCAAGUCGUUGUGUCAGCCUUGCUUCUCGUUGAUGAAGCCGUUGCUCAAGCGCAGAUCAACCUGAUCCGGGCCGCGGCUCAAUCAGGCACCGUAACCAAAUUCAUUCCUAGCGAGUACUAUAUCGAUUUCCAUGCCCCAAUCCCCGGCGCUGACCUGUUUACCAACUUUCAACUCGAGGCCGAAGCUGAGCUCGCGCGCCAUGCGCAGUUGACGUGGACGCUUAUCAGGGUCGGCAUCUUCCUUGAUCACUUGACGAUGCCGCAUAACCCCAAGACAACCUACAUUACUCCAUUCUGGGUAUUUGUCGACAUUGACCACGAGCAAUGCGUCUUUCCGGGCGACGGGUCACAGCCUCUUGUGCUCACGCACUCGCAAGACCUCGCGGCAUACAUUGAGCGUCUAGUAGGUCUGCCGGCUGAGAAUUGGCCGCGUGAAUCUGUCGUCGCGUCAAACAAGCUUCUGGUAAAAGACCUCGAGUCGCUUGUGAACAAGGUCACAGGGAAAAAAUUCAAAGUCGCAUACGACUCGGUGGAAGACAUUCACAAGGGUCACAUCACACAACUGCCUUCUAACACGGCCGUGUUUCAGGAUCCGGCCAAGGGGGAAAUGUUUCGCGACGUCGAGCGCCAAGUCAUGCUUUCCAUGUUGAGCAGAGCGCACGACUUGCCCGGUAAGAACCUCGCUGAGCUUUUUCCAGAGGUGGAAACGACGGAUAUUGAAGACUUUUUCAGGGCGGGCUGGACACUCAAGCAGAGCAGAGCACCGUAG